AUAAAAUGCACCUAAUCAUGGAAAAAUUACCUAUAAAAUUUAAAAAAAAACUCCAUAAACUAUGUACGCAAAUAUAAAACUAUAAAGUUACAAAUAUGAAAUGUUUUGACAGUGUCAUUCUCAGUGUGCAGAUGUCAUUGAAAAAGAAGAAAAACAAGAAACAGAAUCCAUCAGAAGAAGUCUUCAAACAAAUCUAGCGGUGAAUAUGUAAACAUAACCAUAGCUAGGUUAGCAAAACAGUUGGUGAUAGCCGAACAGAACGAUUAGCGAAAAAGAAUACAUUGUACGUAACAGGAGAAUCUUUAAAUCAGCAGACUGGCAUAGGAGGGAAUGGUUUUGCAGUGCGUAAUACCAUUAAAUCGAACAAAUGAAGUCAAACGUUAUCCUGACUAGCGUUGUAAAACUUUGCUGUAAACUACGGUAGAGCAAAACCAGUAGUGACUUCUCUGCGAGAUAUACAAUCAACGCAAGAACUUUGGAGCAAAUGUGUUUGUGUGAGACAGCAGCUUAAAUAUAUUCAACAAUACCGGUAUGGCACCGAAGAAUAAAAAAUGCUCCAUCUGUGGUACAAAUGCCACCUCAAAAUGGAUAACGCUCGAUCGUAGGCUUUUAUGCGACGUUUGUUAUGACGUGCAAUGCAAUCCACCAUUGGAACCGAAACAGGAAACAGAGACAGAUGCUCCAGGACCAAGCGGUCUCGGGUACAAGAGUGAAACAUUUAUUUCAGCUGUAUCGGUAUCAAGCAACCCGGAAGAUGACGCUGUCUUUGCGAAACCUUCCUUGAUACCAAAGCCAAGCAAAGGUAGCAAGCGUGCUGAAACGCCACCAGCUCGAAGUAGCCAAAAAAAACCCGUUCGCAGUAAACUGAAAAAGACGGGGUUGAAGUUGAAGUUUACAGAUGAAACAACACGACCAAAAUCGGUUCCGAAACUGUUCCACGACAACUUCUGGUACGAGGUUGGAGAUAUUGUGUCGCUGAUCGAUAUGAAGGACAAUACGUACUACGCACAGAUUCGAGGCCUGGUUGUGGAUGUGUUUAAUGAGAAGAGUGCUGUCCUUACAUGGUUGGUCCCAACCGUUGAAAGUCCGCCACCGAACGAAGGUUUUGAUCCAGCCACGUACCAUAUUGGACCGGACGAGGAUGAGCUGCGGGAUUUGAGCCAGAUGAGGUUCGUUAUGCACGCACCGAACGGGUACUAUUUCAACCGACACCAUCCUUUCCCAAGACCGAACGUGUACGGGCCAAUCAAAAGGGAUGGUCGAUCGACCGAGGAGCCUGAAUACGAAUGGACGAACAUUUGCCAUCUCCACUAUGGUGAAUCUUCUGCCCGCUGAGAACGUAUUCUGGUUAGAAGGUAGAACAAGUAUUGUAUUUUUGUUGUUGUUCAAACUGUACAGGUAGUCCCGCUUAUAUAGCCGACUGAGGAGAAUUCAAAAAAUCCGAGAUUCUAGAAUAGAAAGAAUAUCAUUAGAAAAGAAAACUAUUUGAUUAAAUUCAAAGGUAUAAUCAACUAGAUUUUACUUUUUUUAAGGAACAAGGCCGUAUUCUAAAAUUUGGUCUUAUUUGUAAUGUUCGUUGUUACAAUCCACAAUAUAAAAUAAAAAAUCAAAACAAAAAAUUAUUGCGUUCAA